CCCAUAGGAAACAUUACAGUGCCGCACACCGGAAGUGAAAUAAUACGUUAUCUUUGUGUACCUUUGCUUUUGACAAAACGCCAUCGCCUUGGCGCUUAGUCAAUAGCGCAUGAUUUGCACAAAAUAUUUUAUUUGGAAAGUAAACCAACAUGCCGAAGGUGGUCUCGAGAAGUGUUGUGUGCUCGGACACGCGAGAUCGAGAGGAAUACGACGACGGGGAGAAGCCCCUCCAUGUCUACUACUGCCUGUGCGGCCAGAUGGUGCUGGUUCUGGACUGCCAGCUGGAGAAGCUCCCCAUGAGGCCCCGAGACCGCGCCCGGGUGAUCGACGUCGUCAAACACGCGCACAAAUUCUGCAACGUGGAAGAGGACGAGAACGCGUACAUCAAGAGAGACAAGGGCAUCGAGAGGCAAUACCGCAAAAAGUGCGGCAAGUGCGGCCUGCUGCUCUUCUACCAGCACCAGGAGAAGAACACCCAGGCCACUUUCGUCGUGGAAGGAGCGGUGGUCAAAUUUGGACAGGGGAUCGGUAACACCAGCGUGUACAGUCAAAAGCAGCCCGAGGCUCCCAAAAAGGUCCGCGUGAUGAUGACGAAGCGAACGAAAGAUAUGGGCAAGUUUAGCUCCGUCACCGUGUCCACCAUCGACGAAGAGGAGGAGGAGAUCGAGGCCAGAGAGGUGGCCGACUCCUAUGCUCAAAACGCGAAAGUGAUCGAAAAGCAGCUCGAGAGGAAGGGCAUGAGCAAGAGGAGGCUGCAGGAGCUGGCCGAGCUCGAGGCUAAGAGGGCCAAAAUGAAAGGAACUCUCAUUGACAAUCAAUUCAAGUAGACGAGGCUUGAUAAACGACGCGAACUUUCUGAAGUCAUCCUUCAUACAAAAGGACUUCUGCUGGACAUUUUGUUGAAAGUGUUAUUUUGUAGGGCUGCACAAUGUGCAUUAGUGUAUACUGUGCAUGGGUUUUCUAUGUGUUGUUUUGUACUUUGACCAAAUAAACUGUUUGGUGGUGUGAAGAAAA